GGCCGCGGCUGCUCUGAUCUUGUAUAGUCCAAUUUCACUGGGGACAAGACAUUUUAACAGUCUACUUCUUUGGACUUACCUUUGCAAGCUGAUAGUAAUGACACAAUUCCAAAGAUAAAGCACCACGUGACUGCGACUUAAUUUUGGCUGUUUGCGGGGUUCUAAUUCUGGCAGAAAGCUCAGCCUCAGCAGCAACGAAACCGAACUCUACGUCCCCGGGGGCCAGGGCCGAUGCCAGGGCAGUAGUACAGUAGACAGUAGUCACUAGUGGUGUCGCUGGAUGGACAAUCGCAGGCGCAGUUCAGCAGCAGCUGUCUCAUCUCAUUUGGAAUUAUUGAUUGCAACAAAGGAGGAUGCUGUCAGAUUGAAAGUUUAAAAUAUUUUUACUUAUUUCACUGAAUUGAGCCUGAAGAGUAGACUAUGAAUCAUCAUCCAAGACCUCCAAUAGCCUUCAAAUCUCCUGGUCGCCAUGGAUACGCAGUGGAGUUUUCUCCAUAUCUUCCCCAGCGACUUGCUGUGGCAACGGCCCAACACUAUGGUAUUGCUGGAACUGGCACUCUAUUCUUGAUCGACAUCACACCCGCUGGUGCUGUCCUCCUGGGAACAUUUGACUGGAAGGAAGGCCUGUUUGAUCUGACAUGGUCUGAGAGCAAUGAGAGACUCAUUAUGACAGGGAGUGGGGACGGGUCCAUCCAACUCUGGGAUAUUAACAUCCCAGCUGAACCAGUCAAAGUAUUCAAGGAACAUGGUCGAGAGGUCUACAGUGUGAACUGGAAUCAGACCCGGGACCAGAACUUUGUCCUUUCCGCUUCCUGGGACAAGACCAUCAAGUUAUGGGAUACCAACCGGGACCAUUCUCUCCAGACCUUUGUAGGCCACAGACACAAUGUCUACAGUGCCGUCUGGUCUCCUCUUGUUCCUGGGUGCUUUGCUUCCUCAUCAGGUGAUGGCUCUUUGUGUGUAUGGGACAUUCGAAGGCCACAGAAACCUAGAUUCCUCAUCCCUGUCAGCAAAGCAGAUGUCAUAUCAUGUGACUGGUGUAAAUAUGAUCAGAAUAUCAUUGUUGCUGGUUCAGUUGAUUGUAAGAUUCGUGGUUGGGACCUUCGCUAUGCAACUAAAGUACUCUUUCAACUUGGUGGACACACACAUGCAAUAAGGAGGAUAAAGUGUUCUCCCCAUAGUAAGACGGUGCUAGCAUCCUCAUCGUAUGACUUCACAGUACGAACAUGGGAUUUUGCUAGGCAGCCUACUCCCCUAGAGACCAUUGAAAAUCAUACUGAGUUUGUUUGUGGACUAGACUUCAAUGUACAUGUGCCUGGACAGUUGGCAGACUGUGCUUGGGAUGAGAGGACUGUGGUGUAUGUUCCUAAAUCUCUAGCUGCUUUUAACACAUGAUGAAGGUGAAAAACCUAGUGUAUCCUUGGCUUAACACCAUAACCUUUCUGGUGUAUUCCUGGUUUGAUCAAUGAUUUCUAGAAAUGUAUUGAUUUGAAUACUUGGCUUAACACCAAAACCUCUGCAGUGUGCUCAUGGUUUGGUCAGUGAGUUCUAGAAAUAUAUUGAUAUAUAUCCUUGGUUUAACACCAAAACAUCUCUGGUGUAUUCCCGGUUUGAUCAGUGAUUUCUAGAAAUUCAUUGAUGUGAAGACCAAGAAUAGCUUGGGCAAAAUGAGAUGAUGAUAUCCUGUGGACUAUUAAAGGUGUUACCUCAUUUCCUCUUGAAUGAUCUCCUGCAAGGUGUAAGUAUGGAUGCAUAGGCAAGCUAGAUGGGAAUGGACUUGAUAGUCACUUAGCACCCAUAUCUGAUGAUAAACUUUCGCUGAUCUAUCAUCCUGUGAGAUUUGAGUAUUGACACAAAGUCUUGUAACAAAGACGAUACCAUACAUACUGUUUGACAAAUUUAUUAUGCGUUUGCUUUGUACCUCACAUGUGUGUGCUUAUCAAUUAUGUUAUCUGUGAUCAACUCUGAGUAUUAGGUGCCGGGUCAUAAUAUGGAUGGCUCUGAUUUGGGCUGAUAUCUUGUUCGGGUUUUUUGUGUAUGAUUUUAUUGUAUAUAUUCAAUGCAUUCAUAAAAUAACUCCCAAGGAUAUCUUCGGUCAUGGUGAACAAUUUUGAUGAAUGGGAUGUGUGUUAACAUUCUAAAUGUUUUGCACAUCCUCAUGCUAGAACAUCAACUCUCAAUGCAAUUGUCCUUCAUUCAGUGUUUUGUAUUUGGAAUGCCCCUCAGAAAUUAUGAAUGGGAGAUUUGUAGUGUCUAAUCUUUCAAAGAGCAAUUCAAAUAGAACAUUAUUUGUAUAUAUAUUUUGAUGAGGAAAUUUCA